AUGCCAUCAUGUGUUCCCAGCAGACCUGCCGCCGAGAGACCUGUUUGUUACGAUGAACCACGCAGCGAGUGCAGGAAGGCACCUGACUAUCUGUGUAGCUUGUUGUCACUGACCAUUGAGUACUUGGGCAUGGAGUCUGUUGUUGUGGUGACAGAGUAUGAUUCGACUGGUGCCCCAGUUACAUCUCCACAUUCUUCUCCUCGGUUGCCCCGGAGGCCGACAGUGGAAUCAAAUAAAGUUUCUAUUACAGGUUUGCAGGACUGUGUGCAGCUUAAUCAAUAUAAAUUGAAAGAUGAAAUCGGAAAGGGCUCCUAUGGGGUUGUGAAGCUCGCGUACAAUGAAGAUGACAACACCUACUAUGCAAUGAAAGUUCUUUCCAAAAAGAAGCUCAUGAGACAAGCAGGGUUUCCACGCCGCCCACCUCCUCGAGGUGCCAAAGCCACAUCCGAAGGCUGUUUGGAACCAAAAGGGCCCAUUGAACAGGUGUACCAAGAGAUCGCCAUCUUGAAAAAGCUGGACCAUCCUAAUGUAGUGAAACUGGUGGAGGUGCUAGAUGACCCCAGCGAGGACCAUCUGUACAUGGUGUUUGAACUGGUAAAACAAGGGCCUGUGAUGGAAGUCCCUGCCAUUAAACCUCUCACUGAAGAUCAGGCUCGGUUCUACUUUCAAGAUCUGAUCAAAGGCAUCGAAUACUUGCACUAUCAAAAGAUAAUCCACCGGGAUAUUAAACCUUCCAACCUUCUAGUUGGGGAAGAUGGUCACAUCAAAAUCGCUGACUUUGGAGUGAGUAAUGAGUUCAAAGGAACUGAUGCCCUCCUGACCAACACUGUGGGCACCCCUGCAUUCAUGGCACCGGAAACCCUCUCAGAAAUAAGAAAAAUCUUUUCUGGCAAGGCUUUGGAUGUAUGGGCCAUGGGAAUCACGCUCUUCUGUUUUGUGUUUGGACAGUGCCCUUUUAUGGAUGAGAGGAUUCUAAGUUUACACAGUAAAAUCAAGACCCAACCCCUGGAAUUCCCAGAUCAGCCAGACAUUACCGAGGAUUUCAAGGAUCUGAUCAUGCGGAUGCUGGAUAAAAACCCUGAAUCCAGGAUUUCAGUCCCGGAAAUCAAGUUGCACCCGUGGGUCACUAAGAACGGAGCGGAGCCGCUGCCGACGGAGGAUGAGAACUGCACGCUCAUCGAGGUGACCGAAGAAGAAGUCGAGAACUCAGUCAAACACAUCCCGAGCCUGGCCACAGUGAUCUUGGUUAAAACGAUGAUCAGGAAGCGAUCUUUCGGGAAUCCAUUUGAGGGGAGCAGGAGAGAAGAACGAUCGCUGUGUGUCCCAGGGAACCUACUGAACAGGAAGCAAGGCAGCGAAGAUAAUCUGAAGUGCAAUGACCUGCCAGAUGUGGGAGGAGAUGAAGUUCUUUCGUGA